CCCGAACGCCGAAUUCUCCCCGCAUUCGAUUCACCUGUCAAAAUGUCUCUCCUCGGAAAGAAGUUCCCCGGCGCUCUGGCCACACCUAUGACUCCCUUCUUCGCUGCCGGCCUCAUUGUGCUCUACGGUGUCAACUCUCUCCAGAACGCUCUGUCCAACACCGCUCAGUACAAGAACGACCCCCGCAACGUCAACGCUAAGCCCGCUGGCAAGGCUGACCACUAAAUUGGGUCGACAAUGAAUGCAUUUUGAGAUCCCACUUGUUCGUUGAAGAGGAGCGGGACGAACCGUCGCGAUGUGUGGGCGGCCGGAGAUAGCCCAGGUCAUCAAUGGCCGGCUUGCACUUUUUGUG